AAAUUGUAAUAAAAAUGGCGGAUAUUAUAGUGAAUUCAACGCAAAGUGUGUUAAAAGAAACAUACGAUUAUUACCUAUGGACAUUAUCACUUUCAGAUAACAGAACGAAAGGAUGGCCACUCGUAGACUCACCCCUACCCACAGUAUUCUACACACUCCUCUACCUCUUCAUCGUGUGGAUAGGCCCGAAGAUCAUGAAGAACCGACAGCCGUUCAAGCUGACCUGGCUACUGGUCCCGUACAACCUGGCGAUGGCUGGCCUAAACGCCUACAUCGCUGUUCGCCUACUAACAGCGUCUUUUAGGCUGAGGUACAGCUACAUUUGCGAGCCGUGCCGGCAGAAAUACGAUUCUGAUGAAUUACAGAUAGCAGAUGCAGUAUGGUGGUACUACUUCUCGAAGCUUCUAGAGUUCUGCGAUACGUUCUUCUUCAUCCUACGAAAGAAGGAUGAGCAGUUGACGUUCCUCCAUGUAUACCACCACUCCACUAUGUUCUCGUUCUGGUGGAUUGGGAUCAAAUGGGUGCCAAGUGGAUCAACAUUCCUGCCCGCUAUGGUGAACAGUGGGAUCCACGUGCUGAUGUACACUUACUACGGCCUGUCAGUCUUCGGGCCCACUGUCAGCAAGUACCUCUGGUGGAAGAAGUACCUCACGAUCAUGCAGCUGAUUCAGUUCACCUGCGCCCUGGUCCUCGGCAUCAACGGCAUCCGGACCGGCUGCGAGUUCCCGCUGUGGAUGCACUACGUGCUCAUCAUCUACAUGAUCUCCUUCAUCAUCCUCUUCGGAAACUUCUACAUGAAGGCGUAUAUUGCUAAGGGGAGCAAAUGUAUGGAGGUGAGAUACGGCCAAUGCUUAGACGACGAAGAAACCAUCGCCAAGAGGAAACUGAAGAACAAUUGAUAAUAAUUUACUUAAUAAUAUAGAACUUAUUUAUUCUUUUAGCAUUUAACAAUUAGUUAGAGCUCUCUAAGUUACCUAGAUUUUGAUAACGCUUUGUAAACAUGCGAUGAGUAAAUGUUG